CAAUUGCCAAGGGAUCGCAUGCGCAGUUUGUCUAUCUCUAGAUGUCAGGUUGAAAAGAUUAGGUUAGGUUAGGAGGAGGACGCCAAAGGGCGCGGGGAGGGUGGCGCUGUCCCAACACUUCCGAGUGCCGUCGUCAAAAGGGGCGGAGUUUCUUAGUAGGCCAGGGGGCGGUCCACCAGAGGAUUGGCAGCAGAAGCACCGGAAGUAGCAGACGCAGCAGCAGCACACAUGGCUCCCCCGACAGAUCCUGUGCGAGAGGGACCCCCUGCCACAGCACCCCUCUCCUCCUCCACUGGAGGCCUGGCGCUGCGCUGGGACCUGACGGCCGCCCAGAUCCGGAGCAGUGCAGAGGAGCUGAUUGCGCGGAGCAAGAGGACCUACGACGCGGUGGCAGCCCUGCAGCGCGAGGAGGUCUCCUGCGAGAACACCCUCCAGGCCCUGGCCAACGCAGAAACACACUACACCGGGCAGCGGAACCUGCUGGACUUCCCGCAGAAUGUCUCCCCCUGCCAGGCGGUCCGGGCGGCCAGCACUGAGGCCGAUAAAGCCCUCUCGGCCUUCGACGUGGAGACCAGUAUGCGGGCUGAUGUCUACCAGCGCCUCCUCUGGCUCCAGGAGAAGCUGGGCGAUGAUGGCGGGCCCCUCAAUUCGGAGGCCAAGCGGUACCUGGAGAGGCUGCUCAAGCUGGGCCGGCGGAGCGGACUGCACCUCCCGCAGGAGACCCAGCAGAAAAUCAAGGAGAUCAAGAAAAGGCUGAGCGUCCUCUGCAUUGACUUCAACAAGAACCUCAAUGAGGACACCACCUUCCUGCCCUUCUCCAGGGAAGAGCUGGGUGGCCUGCCAGAGGACUUCCUGUCCUCGCUGGAGAAGACUGAGGAUGGGCGGCUAAAGGUGACCCUCAAGUACCCGCACUACUUCCCCCUCAUGAAGAAGUGCCAUGUCCCGGAGACGCGGAAGCGUAUGGAGGAGUGCUUCAACUCCCGCUGCAAGGAGGAGAACUCUCGCAUCUUGAAGGAGCUGCUGGAGCUGCGGGCGCAGAAGGCCUCCCUGCUGGGCUUUCCCACUCACGCUGACUUCGCCCUGGAGAUGACAAUGGCCAAGGACCGGAAAACCGUGGGACACUUCCUGGAUGACCUGGCAGGCCAGCUGGCUCCACUGGGAGAGCGUGAGCGUGCAGCACUGCUGGAGCUGAAGCAGGCGGAGUGCGAGGGGCGGGGCCUCCCCUUUGACGGCCGCCUCUGGGCCUGGGACCUGCGCUUCUACAUGAACCUGCUGGAGGAGACGCGCUUCAGUGUGGAUCAGGAGCGCCUCAAGGAGUUCUUCCCGCUGGAGGCUGUCACCCAGGGCCUGCUGGGCCUCUACCAGGAGCUGCUGGGCCUGGACUUCCAUCUGGAGACAGGAGGAGAGGGUGUUCCCACCGCUUGGCACCCCGAUGUCCGGCUCUACUCCGUCCGGGACGCCGCCUCCGGGGACGCCCUGGGUCACUUCUACCUGGACCUGCACCCCAGGGAGGGCAAGUACGGCCACGCGGCCUGCUUCGGCCUCCAGCCAGGCUGCCUGCUUCCGGAUGGUCGCCGCCAGGCUGCACUGGCCGCCAUGGUGGCCAACUUCUCCAAGCCCACGGCUCAGGCCCCAGCUCUCCUUCAGCAUGAUGAGGUGGAGACCUACUUCCACGAGUUCGGGCACGUCAUGCACCAGCUCUGCUCCCAGGUGGAGUUUGCCAUGUUCAGUGGGACGCACGUGGAGCGCGACUUUGUGGAGGCGCCCUCACAGAUGUUGGAGAACUGGGUCUGGGAGAAAGAGCCCCUGCGGCGCAUGUCGCGGCACCACCGCACCGGGGAGGUUCUCCCUGAGGUGCUCAUGGACCAGCUCAUCCGCUCCCGGCAGGCCAAUGCUGGGCUCUUCAACCUGCGGCAGAUUGUGCUGGCCAAAGUGGACCAAGCCCUGCACACGCGGCCCGGCGCUGACCCUGCAGAGGAGUAUGCCCGACUGUGCGACGAGAUCCUGUGCGUCCCGGCCACCCCAGGGACCAACAUGCCAGCCUCCUUUGGGCACCUAGCAGGGGGCUACGAUGCCCAGUACUACGGCUACCUCUGGAGCGAGGUCUUCUCCAUGGACAUGUUCUGCACCCGCUUCAAGCAGGAGGGCAUCCUCAACCCCAAGGUGGGUCUGGACUACCGCCGCGACAUCCUGUGCCCAGGGGGCUCCCUGGAUGCCUCAGAGAUGUUGGUGCACUUCCUGGGGAGGGAGCCCAAGCCAGACGCCUUCUUGGCCAGCAAAGGGCUGAAGGUAGACAGCAACCAAGCAAACUGAGGAGGCCUUGGCAUUCGGAUCCGCCCAGCAAACACACAGCGGGGACCCAUCGAUGCCCCUGCGCCUCAUUUUCUUGGCCUCCGAAUAAAAACUAAUACAAGUUCGAAUUUGGAACCAGGUCCAACCGGGCUGCUAAUUCUAAUUAAAGCUUAUGAGGCCCCCAA